UAGCGGUAAACAGAAAUUUGGAAAUAUUUAAUAUUUGGAGACAAAAAAUAGUUAUUUUUUAUAGUGUUCUGAUAAGGUGUGCCUUGCCGUUCCGUUUCAGAUAUUAAACGUGAGUUUUGACCGAUAUCGUUAUACAGAGCGAAAAUAGUUACUAAGCUGCUGAAAAUGGAACCGGCAAUAAAUCCUCCUGGACCUAGCUGGUAUCUGACAAACAUAAUGGCUUGAUUAUUAGUGUUAAUAUUAACAGAAACUGGGGAUUACCAUACAAAUAUGCGGUCAGCACGUCAGAAAUUGACCACACUGUUAAAGUGUGGGACGUGGAACGUUUAGAGAAAAAAACGCAGCGCAAAUUUUCAAAAGAUGGUACCGUUGUGGGCGCCGCAUUUGCUGGAGAUGAACGAGUGGUUGUUGUGUUCGAAAGUGGGCAGGCAAUAGUGUGGAAUAUUGCAAAAGAAGAGACAACGGAGACGAUUUUUUUGUUAAACAAAGUUGUUAGGAAGUCACCGAUUACUUGCUUUUCCGUUUGCCCUCAUGCUAGUUGGCUGUUAGCGUUGGGCAUGAAGAAUGGACUCAUAGUCGUAGUGGACAUACGAGGUCCAGGUGCUUCCUUCUUCACUUUGAGAGGCCACGCACAUAAGGUGUUAUCCUUAUCUUGGUGUCCGGCUCCUGUUAAUAUUUUCCCUAAAACACCAAAUAUGCGGGUUAUUGAAAAAACGAGGGAAAGCCAAGCUCAACAAAUUUUAAACCCUUCAGUAGAAAGUGAAGUAGCUCAUGUCGGCAUUGAGGGCGACUCUAACAAGGUAGCAGGGGCAGUAAACGAAGGUUCUGAUGGCGUUGAACUGGAAAUUGCUCAAGUCGAAAACUUAUGUAGCAGAAAGUUCGUUGACUCGGUUCAAGAGCAGCGAACGCCUCCGAUACAAGAGUCCUCAACAUUCAAUGAUAGUAUAGUGUUGAAUUCCACUUCAAGCACACCACUGGGUAAUAAUGAUGAGCUCAUUGAAAACGUUGCAAUACCACAAGUUUCGGAGGCACUUAAUGACAAUGCAGGGGGAGCUAAGUCAUUACCAGAAAAAGCAUGUCAGGAAGGCGCUAACAGUGAAGAGGAAUUGACAAAAGCCCCAAAAAGAAAUAAUAAAGAGAAAAAAUUGGCUAGUCAAUUGAUGACCAGCCAAAACCAGGAAGAUACUAAUAGAGAUGUAGAAUUGAGUGCUUCAUUGAGCUUAGAAAAUAUCAGUUGUGGUACGUCGUCCGUGUCAGAGAUGCAGCGGGAUACGGAUUCGAUGACAGAUAGAAGAGUAUUAUCAAUGGAUCUUACACUAUGUGAUGAACCGCAUCCGCUCAUUUUAGAAACAAUCCCAAAAGAUUCAAAAAUUUCUGAAACGGAAACAGCUCUUGACGAACAAGAUCAAUCAAACAUAGCCGCUGAUGGGCCAGUUCACGGAGACAUACAGUCUUCAGAAGAAUUAGCCGCGCUGGCCCCACAGAAAAUUCCAGAUUGGAGGGCUGAAAAUAAGGAUCCAGUAUGUACCGAAGAGCAGCCGCGAAAGGAAUACUUACUAGCUUCUUCUGCUCAAGAAGACAACAUUUAUAUUUGGCGUGCUGGAACGGAUGGGAGAUUGCAGACAUUGCUGAAGCCAUCCAAAACCUACGCAAAUAAUAAAUUUGCCGCAAGGAAAGCGGUAUGUUGGACCACAGUGUGUUGGAUAUCUCCAAAUAUUUUACUAUCAUCAAAUGCAUCUGCCAAACUUGUCAAGUGGACCCUUCCUAAACCCUCAGAUGAAAGGACGGAGAGCCAACUGCUUCAUGACUUGCAUUAUAAAGCUCUGACGGCAAUUGCAGCUCCUAUUACAUACUGCAAUGAGUAUAACUUCCUGCAGAAUCGUUCACUGACUGCUUGGUCGAUAGGUGUUGAAAAACUACUUGUAAAUUACGAUGUGUCUAACUCAAAACGCAACAUUAUUUAUUGUACUGGCGGAGGAAGUGCCUCCUGCUGUGCUGUGUCUCCAAUGGAUCCUUACAGACUAGCUAUUGGCACGUCGAAUAGGGAGGUACACAUAUGGAAAAUUUCACAUCUAGAUGAGACGUAUUAUCCUGGAGUUUUUUAUGAGAAGAUAUUGGGUGCAGUUACUGCGCUCGCCUGGCAUAGUUCCAAGGAAAAUUGUCUGGCCUGGGGCACUGUCGAAGGCAGAAUUGGUGUAAUAGAUGUAAGCAAAGGAAAAAACCCGACAAUUUUACCACAUUACUUCAAAGAGCAAAUUCACAAAUUAGAGUGGGGCCCUUUUAGGUCUACGACCGAUGAGCACAACCUGUUUGCUGUUAGUGAAGGCAAAUUGGCGAUAUUUGUGUGGGGGCGAACUGGGGAUCCCUAUUUACUGCAAAUUCCAAAUGGGCUUCAAAUCUAUUCCAUGUCGUGGAAACCAGAUUUCAGUUAUUUGUUGGUACUUUCAAAAUCAGGAACAAUGUUCAGAUAUUCUUUAAGUAGUUCUGAAAAGUUUGAAUUGGACGAAGUAUUCUAUUCGUCAUUGAAACUGGAAUCUAUCGCUUGGCAUCCUCAAGCAGAUCAAGCUGGAAACAACAGUGUCUAUUCCCAAAUGUUUGCUUCCAUAGAGAAGUUCAACCAUAUGUGCAUAAUCGACUUGUCGAUCAAGUCAGGCGAUUUUGGGGAAAAAGUGGUCGCCAAGUUUGACAAUUACGAAAACACUAAAAUAAAUGAAAUCAAAUGGAAUCCUCAUGUUGCCCAACAAAUAAUUCUAAUAGAUGACAACUCAGUGGCUCAGAUUUUCGACAUUGAAGCAAAAGCCAUCAUACAUACUUUCAUAAGUUCAGCGCUAGAUCCUCUGCUUUGUGUCUACUGGGCACCUGAUACCCACAAGGAUGCUUUGAAAUUAAUCAUAGGAACCAAACUUCGUAAGAUGCUAUUUUUUUACAAUUUUGACUACCCUCCUGUAGCCCCAGAAGAUAUUGCAGACAAAGUGAAGAAAAUGCGGCGCGUUAGCAGUAAGGCAGGCCAAAGCAAAGGACCAAAAGUAGAAGAGCCAAAAACAAACACACCUAAAACUCCGCGAAAAUCCCCAGUUGUCCCUCAUUUCUAUUUAUGUGGAUCAGUUGACGAAGAAAAGCUGCUCGAAGACAUGAAGAAACUGCUUCUUUGGAAGUUAACUGGCGAAUGUGAAGGCAUAGAUAGCAAAAAGAGCGAUAUUGAUAUUUUACAUGUAUUCGGAAGUGAGGAUCAUCUGACUGAUUUGUUUCAAAUAAAUUAUUCAAAGUUGCGUAGUGCCAAACAGCUUAGUCACAUGAAUAUGCUGUCACUGUUCGAGGGAGAUAUUAGCACUGUAUACAAACAGGCGGUUGAAGAAAAGCGAGUGGAUUCAUGGAACAUUUUGAUGGCUCCUUUGGUUUCAUCAGAGCUAUGGAAAAAAGCGUACGAGAUAUACGCAACGCAACUUAUGGAUGAGCCUGAAUCCGAUCCAAUGCAAAUUGUCAGUUUGCUGUUAGCUUGCCAUAAGGUAGAAGAAUCUGUUAAUUUCUUAUGCGAAAAGCAGAUGUUUCGUGAAGCCUUCUUGUUAGCGAAAACCAGAUGCGGCGCAAAUAGUGCCUUAGUCGUAAGUACGUUGACUAAAUGGGCAAACGUUUCUUAUAUUCAAGGACUAUACGAGCAAACAGCUUGUUGUUACAUUUCAACAGGAAAUUAUUCAGCUGCUGCCGAACUGUUGCAUCGAAGAACCAGUGUCCCCAUGUUGGAAAUGUCCGCUUACUUGGCAAAAUUGGCGAAUAAUGAAGAACUGUUGCAAUCAGUGCAAGUAAAAUUGAGGAAAUUGGCAGAAUCGGACGACGAACUGGGUGAAUCAAGAAAGCUCGACAGUAAUUUAGAAGCAGUUAUAGACACAUAUCUUACACAGUUUGCGAGUGAAACCGCUGAAAGUUUGCCGUUUUCUGAAAUUACUAAUCGUCAGCUGGGAACAUCAUUUUCAAGUCUCAAUGAGAAUGAUGAAAAUGUGGCGUCAGGAUAUCAGGAUCCAAAAGAGAGACAUAUUACGAUGAUUAAUAACAUGAAAUUAGAUGAAUCUCUUAUGAACAGAUUGCCAUAUCCGAUGCACAAGUUAAUGGAGAUGUUUGAUUGCCCAUUACAUAUAGGAUGUGAAAAUACGCUUACAGAGUUGGAAAGCGACUUUUUGCAAAUUGCUCUCGGAGAUCAAGACGAUACUCACACGAGUAUUUCCGAUACAAUACCCGAACACCCUGCAAAUGAACAGUGAUCUCAGGAGUUGGAAGAUGACGACGAUGAUCAGAAAUUGAAAGAAAGUGUUCCCAGACCAAAAGUUGACUCGUUAUAAACAUUUCUUUAACACAUGAGUGGCAGGCAUCAGUUGCAAGUUGCAUUUGUUAAUGUGUCUAUUUUUAAUUUACGUUUAACUGGUUUUUAGUACGAUUAGAAUUUUGCUUAUGUUUUGGAGUUAGAGUUAUUAAAUAAUAUUUUUUUAUUGA